AUGGGUCGCAGCAGCAGUCAAGCUCUUCUCGACCUCGAAACCACCACUCACACUUCUUCCUCCAAAGAAUCAGCGCUUUUACUUUGCAAACCAGAUGCCGACGACGGUGACCUCUUGUUGAAGAAGAAGUUCGAAGCUGCAAAAAGUAAAGCUAAUGCACUUCCUGUUACUAAACCUGCAAUUACCGCUCCUCCUCCUCCUAGCCUAGUUAUGGGCAAAUUGAAGGACUUUUUAGGAGUCAUGGCAGAAUCAAAUAAGAAGUUGCAGCAAGAGGCAAUGAACUCCAAGAAUCUUGAUAUUGAGGCACUCACAGGGGAUGAAUCAGAAUAUAUUGAAAUGGAUUUAAUGCUCGGUGUUGCUGAUCUAAACACCCCUGAGGCUGUUGCUGCUGCUGAAUCCGCCAUUGUCGGUUCUCAACCCAUCAUAUCUCUUGAUGCUAGUAGCAGUGAUUCUGAAUCAGAAGAUAGCUCUGACGAUGACAGCUGCAAUGAUGAAACUAACAAGGCGUCCGACUCUCGUAUGAAGUCAAACGGUCAAACUCUAGGUGGUAAAUCGACAAAUGCUAUUUCUGAAAAUGGUCAAAAAAGAAAACGAUCGAAGAUUGUUGAGCUCCCAUAG